AUGUCGUGGAAGCGCAGUGAGAGGCUGAUGGACACCAUCAAGCACUAUAGCAACUUCCCAGCAACCGGUGUCUCCCUACGCCAAAUGGUACAGUUCGGAGAGAAACCAUCGACUGGAACCCUCUUCCGCGCAUCACAGUUCCUUUCCGAAGAGCUUCCCAUACGGCUAGCACACCGCGUGCAAGAGCUCAACGACCUUCCAGAUGGCCUCAAUGAGAUGCCAUCGAUCUGCAGAGUGCGCGAUUGGUACGCACAGUCAUUUGAAGAACUUGUCGAACUCCCACGACCGAACCUUUCAUCCGACAUCAAGGAACGUCUGCUACGACCGGCAAAGCGGAACGGCAAGGACCAUAGUUUGAUAGUCAAGGCGACACCGAAUCCAAGCAUUAAGCAGGGACAAUACCGAUCUGCGCCGGGACAAAAUGGCAACGGCAAUGGUAAUGGCAAUUCAGUAAGCAAGGAGGUCAAAGGAGCAGCAUCGAACAGGAGAUACUAUGCCGCAGCAGACGAUGGAGGAGAUUGGCCACCAGAGCUAGGCGCCUACAACACAAAGUUCGCAGACACACUCGAGAAGAUCAAAAGGCGGCACGACAGCGUCGUAACAACCGUAGCGCAAGGCAUUCUGGAAUGGAAACGCAAAAGACAACGGAUGCAAAUUGAUCACAAUAUCCAAGCCUUCCUCGACCGUUUUUACAUGUCGCGCAUCGGCAUCCGUAUGCUCAUCGGACAACAUAUCGCCCUCACAGACCAGCGGUCGCGCUCCGAUCCGAACUACGUCGGUAUAAUAUGCACAAAGACCAACGUGCGGGAACUCGCUCAAGAAGCCAUCGAGAAUGCGCGAUUCGUAUGCGAGGACCACUAUGGCCUCUUCGAUGCGCCAAAAGUCCAACUCGUAUGUAACUCGGACAUUAGCUUCAUGUACGUGCCAGGCCACUUGUCGCACAUGCUGUUCGAGACGCUCAAAAACUCCCUCCGCGCUGUGGUAGAAGCACACGGACAAGACAAGGACGAAUUUCCUGUCACAAAGGUUAUUGUUGCAGAAGGAAAGGAGGAUAUCACUAUCAAGGUCUCGGAUGAAGGAGGAGGCAUUCCGAGAUCAUCGAUCCCACUUGUCUGGACGUACAUGUAUACGACGGUCGACCAGACACCGAGCUUGGAUCCGGAUUUCAACAAAAGCGACUUCAAGGCACCGAUGGCGGGUUUUGGCUAUGGGUUGCCGAUUUCGAGACUGUAUGCGAGGUAUUUUGGGGGGGAUUUGAAGUUGAUUAGUAUGGAAGGAUACGGCACAGAUCAAUUACCUGUCACGAGGGACGGAUGGGCCUCGAGUGAGCUCAUCCGCUCAGGUUCAUCAUCCCGAGGACUGGCAGGGGGCAAUAAGAAUAACAAGUUCCUCGCGAGCAAAGCAAUGCGGCUAAAGCUGUCGGGACAAGUGAGUAGGGAGGUUAGCGAGAGGAGGCAAGUGGGCGAUCUCGAAGAUAUGUUUGCCGAUAAGAGCAGCGAGAAGCCAUGGUGGAGGAAUGUAGGCAUGGAAGAGGGAAUGUAG